UCAUCAUUUCUCAUCUCUCAAAAAAACAGAACAAAUUUUCUUGCAUCAAUUGAGUACUACUGCAACAAUGGUGUCUGCUACUGCAACUGUGAAGAAAACUUCUGCCCCGAAGAAACCCAGAUCUCAUCCUCCGUAUGUUGAGAUGAUAUCAGAAGCAAUAACUACGUUGAAGGAAAGAAGUGGAUCGAGUCAAGUAGCGAUAGCCAAGUUCAUAGAGGAGAAGCAAAAGGAUUUGCCUUCAAACUUCAGGAAACUCUUAUUGGUUCAAUUGAAGAAGCUUGUUGCUUCAGGAAAACUCACUAAAAUCAAGGGCUCUUUCAAGGUUUCCCCUGUUGUGAAGCCAGUCGCCGUCGUGAAACCAAAGAAGGCACCUGCAACAAAGAAGAAAUCCUCCUCCUCCUCCACCGCCGCUGCCGGUGCUGCUAAGCCCAAAGCCGUGACCCCGAAGAAGAAGGUUGUAGUGAAGAAACCUGCCGCCGCAGCAGUAGCAGCAGUAGCAAAGAAAGCUAAGAAGCCUGUAACUGCUCCGGCUAAAGUGAAGAAAACUCCGGUGAAGAAAGCUGCAGUUGCUAAAGUGAAGAAAACUCCGGCUAAGAAGGUUGUGAAGAAGCCAAAAACUAUUAAGACUCCGGCUAAGAAAGCGAAGAAAUGAAGAAAUUAGUUGAAUUGGGUGUUUGAAUCUGUAUAUUACUUUUACAUUUCUCUAGUAAUGAUAUCAACUUCACCCCUUUUUCUUCUUGGAUUUUUAAUAUAUUUUUUUUCUCCUUCCCCUUUCGUUUGCAGUGUGUUACUGUUAGUAUUGUUCUCCAUUGUUAGGGUUUGUUUUAGGAGUAUGACUUGUGCUCUAUCGUUUUCAUUCAAUAGUAACAGAUUUGUAUGAAGAACAGUGUUAGUAGUAUUAUUUUUAAUCGAGAAA